UGGACACCGCUAGGAUACAUAAUGCUGCCACAAGGAACACUCAUAUAACCAACCUGCACCGGAACACCUACCAAUGGGUUAAUCCUCCCGCUGUUAUGUCACAUUUUGGACUCAUUUGUGACAAUGAAGUAUAUGCUGCCUAAAAAACACAGAUAGUAAAAAGAGCACUAUGCUCGUUGGGUUGAUGACAAGGUGAGACUAUAACGACAUAAUAAAAGUAAACAAGGGAAGUAAAGGGCAUGAGAAGUAGGGUGUGUCCAAACGCCUAAUCCAGAAUUAUCCUCUGACUCAGACCUGACUAGGGAAAGAAUAAUCUGGGAGACAGAGAAUAAACAGCCAGUGUCCAUACAAAAUAAACAGGCAGCGUCCAUACAAACAGUUGGAUUGUAACGUGACAAUAUUUGUUCCUGUUCCGGAUUGGAACCAUGGCGCUCAUGAGGUCAGGCUGGCUUUGGAGACAGACGUCCGUGCUGAAGCGCUGGAAGUUAAACUGGUGCGACCUGUGGGUAGACGGGAGUCUCUGCUUUUACAAGAGCGACAGCCGGCGAGAGUUGGAGCACCGCGUCAACCUGAAGUUCACGUGCAUAGACGUGCGGAGCGGCCUGGAAUGCCGAGGCGUGACUCCUCCUGAGACCAACCCCCAGGAGAAUGUCAUUGUGGUCCAGUUCAAGGACGGGUCAACGAUGAACAUGUGUGCCAACAAUGAGGACGAGUCUAUAGCCUGGAAACUGACCAUGUUAGAAACGAGGAGGAACCCGGUGUUCACGUAUGACCCGUACAACGACUCCUAUCAGGCUGUACCCCUCAGCCACUAUCAGACCUUCUACAUGACGCCUGGAGCAGGACCAGGUACCCACCAGGUGAUUGUUCAGAGGGACCCCUUUGACGGUGUGUUUGACCACCUGGCGCUGGGAUUACUGGCAGGCAUGGCGGCAGGAGCGGCCAUGCGAUCUUUCCUCUGGGCGCCCGUCUUCUUCUGCUGAGAUGAAUGAACGCCGCAACCGCACAGUGCACCUGUAGCUUGUCUAUUUGUACAAAACAUGAACAAAACAGGAUGUAGCGAGGCUCUUUUUGCUUGUUUUUUCUUCCUCACGUGCAAUAAUUUUGCUUAUUAAACAAAAUGUAACUGCUACUGUA